GCGGAUAUAGUGAAUGCAGGGGUCCGGGGAGAGUGGAUAUAGUGAAUGCGGGGUCCGGGGAGACCAGAUAUAGUGAAUGCGGGGUCCGGGGAGACCGGAUAUAGUGAAUGCAGGGUCCAGGGAGAGCGGAUAUAGUGAAUGCAGGGUCCGGGGAGACCGGAUAUAGUGAAUGCGGGGUCCAGGGACCAGAUAUAGUGAGUGCGGGGUCUGGGGAGAGCGGAUAUAGUGAAUGCAGGGUCUGGGGAGAUUGGAUAUAGUGAAUGCGGGGUCUGGGAAGACCAGAUAUAGUGAAUGCAGGGUCCGGGGAGACCGGAUAUAGUGAAUGCGGGGUCCGGGGAGA